AUGGCAGAGGAUCAAAGCAGCGCUCCCAUGGAUCUCAGCAGCACUCCGGCUUGGGAGCUGGACAAGUUUAUAAAGGAUCACCUUCUUGGUGACACCACCUUCAUUACUGAGAUCAGAGCAGACAUCGACUUCAUAAGUGCUUUUCUGGAAAAGAGAUGCUUCCAAGGUGCCGAAGACCCUGUGAGGGUCUCCAGGGUUGUGAUGGGUGGCUCCUACAAUGAAUACACCGUGCUCAAGGGCAGGUCAGAGGUGGACCUAGUGGUAUUGUUUAACAAUCUCAAAAGCUUUGAGGAUCAGUUCAGGAGACAGGAAGAGUUCAUUAAAGAAAUCGGGAAACACCUGUGCCAGUUGCAACACGAGAAACAAUUGAGAGAGAAGUUUGAGGUCCAGAGCUCAGAGCAGCCCAACUCCAGGUCCCUGAGCUUCAAGCUGAGCUACCCUCAGUUCCAGCAGGAGGUGAAAUUUGAUGUGCAGCCAGCCUAUGAUGCCCUGUAUGAAGUGAGAGAGAAAGAGGAAGUUGACUAUGAAAUCUACAACAAAAUGUACGCCCAACUCAUCCGUGAGUGCAACAUCCUGAACAAGGAGGGCAAGUACUCCAUUUGCUUUGUGGAGCUCCAGCAAAAUUUCCUGUGGAAACGUCCACCCGAGGUGAAGAACCUCAUCCGUCUGGUCAAGCACUGGUAUCAACUGUGUAAGGAGAAGCUUGGGAAGCCACUGCCACCACAGUACGCCCUGGAGCUGCUCACAGUCUAUGCCUGGGAAACUGAGACUCCAGACAACUGUGAAGGACAGACAGCCCAGGGUUUCCGGACUGUAUUAGAACUGGUCGUUAAGUACUUAAGGCUUCGAAUCUACUGGACAUUUUAUUAUGACAUUAUAAAUGAAGGGGUCAAUGCCUACCUGUACACACAGGUCAAAAAAGACAGGCCUAUGAUCUUGGACCCAGCUGACCCAACAUGGAACGUGGCUGGUUCAAACUUAGAGGGCUGGCGCUUGCUGGCAGAAGAGGCAAAAGCCUGGCUGAAAUACUCAUGCUUUAGGCUCAUUGAUGAUACCCUCGUGGGCUCCUGGGAUGUGCCGGUGAGACCAUUGCUCUCUGGGAGUCAGACUCUGAAGGAAAGAGAACUCAAGCUUUCUGUCCAUCUGUCCAGCUGUUGAGAGGUGCUGUCCAAAAAAAAAUAA